AUGAAGCUGGACCGUGGGUUUUUCUCUCCUGCAGAUAUCGAGAAACUUCGUACUUUUAGUCAGAGGUUCCCACUCCCGUCCAUGUACCGCGCCCUCGUGUGGAAGGUGCUUCUAGGUAUGUCUCUGGGCACUGGGAGACUUGUGGCCACAAUGCCGGGGCACUGGGUUCCUUAUGCAUGUAAAUUGAAGCUGAACCGCCCAGAUGUGUGCAGUGUAGCUACCUGGCCACCUGACUGGAAAAGAUCAAUAUCUGGGCCCAUUUCAAAGAAAGAGAAUCCAAUAGAAUACAGAAAUUAUCAACCAGUAUACUUACUGUCACAUUCAAGUCAAGUUUUGCUGAAGGAGCCCGAAGACGAGGUGUUUCUGGCCAUCGCGAAGGCCAUGGAGGAGAUGGUGGAGGACAGCGUGGACUGCUACUGGGCCAUCCGCAGCUUCGUCAGCCAGUUGAGGAAGUACCGGGACGCUCUGCCCCAGCUGCCAAAGGCCUUUGAACAGUACUUGAGUCUGGAAGACAGCAGGCUGCUGAGCCACCUGAAGACGUGUUCUGCGCUCCCCAGACUGCCCUAUGACCUCUGGUUCAAGAACUGCUUUGCGGGCUGCUUGCCCGAGUCCAGUCUGCAGAGAGUCUGGGACAAAGUCGUAAGUGGAUCCUGUAAGAUCCUCGUGUUUGUAGCAGUGGAGAUUUUGUUGACCUUCAAGAUAAAAGUAAUGGCCCUGCACAGUGCUGAAAAGAUCACUGAGUUCCUGAAAAACAUCCCCCAGGACAGCUCGGACGCCAUCGUGAGCAAGGCCAUCGACUUGUGGCACAAGCACUGUGGGACCCCGGCACAUUCCGCCUGAGCGGCCCAACAUCCGGCCUGCUGGACCCGGUGGGAACCGGGCUCUUGGUCUUGUGCUCAAAGUGUAACUUUCCCCAGUGAAAUGAUUUAAUCAUGAGACCUGCCAUGCUGCAUUGCGGAGGUGACUCGGAAGUCCAAGUUCAACUCUGAAGAGCCUCUGUCAAGGGUGCUUAGAUAAUAGCUCCCUGUUUUGAAGGCACUCAGCUGGGGUGGGGGAGGCACAUGAAGAAGCAGUGAAACACGAGUGCACGCCUCUCCCAGAAGAGCACCAUGCCACGUUAGCCACCGUCGAAGGCCUAGUUCUGGAAUAAAGAGCAGCUCCCCUUGUGGGCCCCUCGGA